AUGGAUUCGGCCAGCCGUGCGCCAUCUAAAAAGGCUCAAGAGCAGCCAGACUUGGAGGCAGAUUGCUGCUUGGAUGUAUCAACCUCCUUCAGCCGGCAGACCACCUGGGAAGGCAUCGACACGGCCUCAGCGGCCUUCAGCCGGGGCACUUCUUCCUCCAGCCAAUCUUGGGAACCUAUGUGCCAGAAGCUCCCCGAACUCGGAAGUGAAUGGCAAGUGCAGGUGAAGAAUACCUUCAUUGAAGCCAGCGACAGCGAUGAGAGCGAUAUUGAGGACCAAGGUGUCCUGCGCCGCACUCACUCAGUGCCCCUUUUCUAA